AUGUGUUCCCUGACUUUCCUAAGUGCUCAGCAAUUGAUCAAGGAUGAGAAAGCCACAUGUAAAAUAUUGGGAUCUAUGCCACAGAUCAUAUAUAACAUCCUAUUCAAGGUGGCUUUCAGAGAAAAUAAGACAAAGCUGCUGCAUGAACUGGUGAAGACGUGGCCUUCCUCCCAACUUAAAUUCCAGAUGCUGCUGCAGACAUGUUGGUGCUGUUCCUGCACUUCUUCUAAGAAGUGUCCAAGGUCUCAGUGGCCUCUCACAUGUAAUGAAUCAAGCAAAAAUAAAAUUGAUGCCAUCAUCUUGGGAGGGAUGAGCUGUAUAAGGAAAGUAAUCGUGAGUGGUUCACAGCAGCUUCCAAACAGGUUUGUCCUUAGGCUGGAUAUGACAGGAUUACUUAAUAAAAAUAUUUUUUGGAAUUUAAAACUUAUGAGAUUAUGGGCCAACUCAGCAAGCAGAGUCAGAGUCUACAACUCCUUACAGUACCAGAGACAUGUCCCAGAAAGCCAGGCAAGGGACCACCUGGCAGAAGAAACCCCACUCACAACUUUCCCAAUAGAAACUUGUGUGGAACUCCUAGUAGAUCUCCAAGUGAGUUCAUCCUCUAAGGAGUUUUUAACAGAAGCUCUCCAGAACAACACCAACAGCCCUUUCCAACUAAAGUGCAGAGAUUUCUACACUGCUCUCAUCUUUUUUCAUGAUGCUGUAAGAAUUCUGACUCUUUUGGACCCUUUGGCAAUUCGCAGAAUGGAUUUAAGUCAUUGCAUGAUAAUCUUGAUGGAUAUCAGGUCCCUUGUAUCACAGAUUGCAACCUUCCAAAAUUUGCAGAGCUUGAAACUGCCUUCUUUUAGUGGAAAUGAAAAACAGGAGGUAGACUUCACAUUAAAGAUCAGUAUUGACAUUCUUGCUGCAGAACUGAGCAAAUUGAGGCACCUCAGGGAGAUUGCUUUAUGUGGCCUUUGUCUUUCUGACCAGGUGGAAUAUCUGCUUAGAGGUCUACAAUGCUCCCUGGACCUUCAAUUUUCUUACUGCACUCUGACAAAGAAAGACCUAAUUUACCUGUCCAGGAGUCAACAUAGCAUUCAUCUUAUAAAGCUAGAUCUUACUGGCAACAAUAUAACCAAACAUUUAGACUCCUUCCUGGAACUUCUAAAGUCAGUCUCAAAUUCACUGAAGUGGCUGAAUGUGACAAUGUGUGGAAUCAAGGAUAGUGACUUUUUAAAAAUCUUGUCCUAUUUAUAUUCCUGUACCAGGCUCUCCCAUCUUGAUCUGUGUGGCAACCCACUAUCUAGCACAAGUGUGUACAUUUUACUAAGUCCAGGCCAGCACAAAUUGCCCAACCUGAAGGUGAUAUCAGUUCCAGUCUUCCUAGAUUGUUGCAAGAACCUGCCCCAGCACGGUCCACUUCCAAAGUCAUUGGAGCCUUACAUUGAUAGUGACAAGUUUUCCUCUGUUCUGAAGGAAAUGAAGCAGAUGGAACUCAAAAAAGGAGACUCUGCCAUUGAGUAUCCUUCUAGUCUUACCUUUGACUUGCUUAACUAUUUUGACCUGCGAUAA